AUGUCCUUUCCGCAGCUGGGCUACCCGCAGUACCUGAGCGCCGCGGGGCCCGGCGCCUACGGCGGCGAGCGCCCGGGGGUGCUGGCCGCGGCCGCCGCCGCCGCCGCGGCAGCCGCCUCGUCGGGCCGGCCGGGGGCGGCGGAGCUGGGCGCGGGAGCGGGGGCGGCCGCGGUCACCUCGGUGCUGGGCAUGUACGCGGCGGCCGGCCCCUACGCGGGCGCGCCCAACUACAGCGCCUUCCUGCCCUACGCCGCCGACCUCAGCCUCUUCACGCAGAUGGGUUCACAGUAUGAGCUCAAGGACAACCCCGGGGUGCACCCCGCCACCUUCGCGGCCCACACGGCGCCCGCCUACUACCCCUACGGGCAGUUCCAGUAUGGAGACCCCGGGCGGCCCAAGAACGCCACGCGGGAGAGCACCAGCACGCUCAAGGCCUGGCUCAACGAGCACCGCAAGAACCCCUACCCCACCAAGGGCGAGAAGAUCAUGCUGGCCAUCAUCACCAAGAUGACCCUCACGCAGGUCUCCACCUGGUUCGCCAACGCGCGCCGGCGCCUCAAGAAGGAGAACAAGGUGACGUGGGGCGCGCGCAGCAAGGACCAGGAGGACGGCGCUCUCUUCGGAAGCGACACCGAGGGGGACCCGGAGAAGGCCGAGGACGACGAAGAGAUCGACCUGGAGAGCAUCGACAUCGACGAGCACGACGGCGACCAGAGCAACGAGGACGAGGAGGACAAAGCCGAGGCGCCGCGCGCGCCCGACGCGCCCGCGGCCCUCGCGCGGGACCAGGGCUCUACGCUGGCUUCCGCCGACGCGCUCAAGCCCCCAGACUCGCCCCUGGGCCUGGCCAAGGAGCUCCCGGAGCCCGGCAGCACGCGCCUGCUGAGCCCCGGCGCUGCGGCAGCCGGCGGCCUGCAGGGCGCGCCGAACAGCAAGCCCAAGAUCUGGUCGCUGGCCGAGACGGCCACCAGCCCCGACGGUGCGCCCAAGGCCUCGCCGCCGCCGCCUUCCGGCCACCCGGGCGGCGUGCACGGGCCCGCGGCGGGCGCGCCGCUGCAGCACCCCGCCUUCCUGCCCAGCCACGGACUCUACACCUGCCACAUCGGCAAGUUCUCCAACUGGACCAACGGCGCGUUCCUCGCGCAGGGCUCGCUGCUCAACGUGCGCUCCUUCCUGGGCGUGGGCGCGCCGCACGGCCCGCACCUGUCCGCGCCGCCCCCUCCGCAGCCACCCGUCCCCGUGGCCGCGGGCGUGCUCCACGGCGACAAGGCCUCCGCCCGCAGCAGUCCCUCGCUCCCAGAGAGAGACCUCCUCCCCAGACCGGACUCACCCGCGCAGCAGCUGAAGUCGCCCUUCCAGCCGGUGCGCGACAACUCGCUGGCCACGCAGGAAGGGACGCCGCGGAUUCUAGCAGCGCUCCCGUCGGCCUGA